GAAUCGGUGGGCAACGUGUCCGCCGACGGCGUACGGUCGGACGGUGUCAACAUUCUGGUCGCUUUCCACCUGACCAUUUGGACCCGGCAGGCGAGGACUGGCGUCAUCAUUCUCCAGGAUUGCCCUCAAACUGAGGCCGCCUCGCCUCGCUCUCGUCCCUGUUCUCGUUAGCACGACGGCACGAGCACGAACGGGUGCUGAAAGGCCGGCAACGGUAUGACACAAGGCUAUAAGAAAUAGUAGUCUUAUGGGAUAUAAAAACUCUCCCUCCCAGCCGUUCUCCCACACCAUGCGAGGAGAUCUCUGAUAUCGUCGCUGAGCUUCCACCCCCUCCACGUGCUCGCGAAGCCAUCGCGAAGACCAGCGAGUCUUCUUUCUCCUGGAAAGCGAGAGUGAGAAGGACACGGAGGCGAGGAGAGCUCGGAGAUCUCGGCGAACGACGGCCCCAAAGAUCGGUGCGGCGAGCGCCAGCGAAGAGAGAGAAAGAGAGGGCGAUCGCGGAGAUGAAGGGAAAGAGCUUGCCCAUCAUCACCUUCGAGCACAAGAGGGAUGCCUAUGGAUUUGCAGUGCGGCCUCAACACUUGCAGCGAUACCGAGAGUAUGCGGACAUCUACCAGGAGGAAGAAGAAGAGAGAUCAGAUCGAUGGAAGGACUUCUUGGAGAGGCAGGCUGAGCCUGCCCCAGUAUCCUCUCAUAACUUAUCCCGAGAGGAAGGUGGAAAUGCGUCAUCUUUGGAAGAAGCUAGAGUCGCAGGAGAGGACUCCGAUCACACCGAGCUUGGGAAAUCUGAUGGUCUGGAAGAAACGGGACAGGAUAAGAUGACAAUAGAAAAGGAGAGGAGAACACAUAGGAUCCAAAUUUGGGCUCAGAUUAGGCCUUCUCUCAGUGCUAUUGAGCAGAUGAUGAGCCUUCGUGUCAAGAAGAGGAAAAAUUUCUCGGGAGGUGAUCAAGAUGCUGAGAGGAGUGGGACUCGUCUGGUACCGAUUGAAGAGGGGAAGCCUGCGGAGGAUUCUGAGGAUGAGUUUUAUGAUGUAGAGAGGUCCGACCUCAGCCAAGAGGCACUCCCAGUUGAUGGUGGCAAUGCUGAUCCAGCUGCAAAUUUAGCUAGUGCUGGAACACCCCCUGAGCCUUUCUCCUCAUGGAAGGAAGAGUUGGAGUGCCUGGUUCGAGGAGGACUGCCAAUGGCUCUUAGAGGAGAGCUAUGGCAAGCUUUUGUGGGUGUUGGAGCUCGCAGGGUGGAGAAAUACUACGACAGUUUGCUGGAUCCAGAAGCUAAGGCUGUUGAAAACACAAAACUUGAUGCUCCUCCUUUAGAUAACGCCAAGGGAAAACCAAGCAGAAGCCAAGGAAGUGCUCCUGAGAAAUGGAAGGGGCAGAUUGAAAAGGAUUUGCCUAGGACGUUCCCAGGUCAUCCUGCUCUAGACGAGGAUGGGAGAAAUGCUUUGAGGCGGUUACUGACAGCAUAUGCUCGACAUAAUCCAUCUGUUGGGUAUUGCCAGGCCAUGAAUUUCUUUGCUGGUUUGUUACUAUUGUUGAUGCCUGAGGAAAAUGCAUUUUGGACUUUAACGGGUAUCAUCGACGACUACUUUGAUGGGUAUUAUUCUGAGGAAAUGGUCGAAUCUCAGGUGGACCAACUUGUUUUGGAGGAACUAAUACGUGAAAGAUUCCCAAAGCUGGUUAAUCAUCUGGAUUACCUCGGAGUCCAGGUGGCAUGGGUUACUGGACCCUGGUUCCUUUCCAUUUUCGUGAAUAUGCUUCCUUGGGAAAGUGUUCUCCGUAUUUGGGAUGUGCUUUUAUUCGAGGGGAAUCGGGUAAUGCUAUUCCGUGCAGCCCUUGCUCUGAUGGAGCUAUAUGGUCCCCCACUUGUGACCACAAAGGAUGCAGGCGAUGCAGUUACCUUAUUACAGUCACUUGCUGGUUCUACUUUUGACAGUAGCCAGCUUGUUUUGACUGCUUGCAUGGGAUAUCAAGCUGUAAAUGAAAUAAAGUUACAAGAGUUGAGGGAUAAACAUCGGCCAUCAGUUAUAGCUGCAAUGGAGGAAAGGUCUAGAGGACUGCGUGUUUGGAGGGACUCCAAAGGUCUUGCAACUAAGCUAUAUAAUUUUAAGCGUGAUCCUGGAGCACUAGUCUCAGAAGCAAAUUCCACAGAAAGAAUGGGGGACAUGAAUAAGAAUGGGGAUCUGCAAAUUGAGUCUGAAUCAACAGAUUUACAUGGCAUUUUUGGUAACCUGACAGUUGAUGCUGAGUUGAAUUCUUUACCUGAUCUUAAAGAACAGGUGGUAUGGUUGAAGGUUGAGUUAUGCAGAUUGCUGGAGGAAAAAAGAUCAGCCAUUCUCAGAGCUGAGGAGUUAGAGACAGCUUUAAUGGAGAUGGUCAAGCAAGAUAAUAGAAGACUUUUGAGUGCUAAGGUUGAACAAUUAGAGCAAGAGGUAUUCGAGUUACGACAGGCUUUAUCUGACAAGCAGGAACAAGAGCAUGCCAUGCUUCAGGUCUUGAUGCGAGUGGAACAAGAACAGAAGGUGACAGAGGAUGCCCGCAUAUUUGCUGAGCAAGAUGCUGCUGCUCAGCGAUAUGCUGCUCAUAUGCUCGAGGAAAAAUAUGAAGAAGCCACGACUUUACUUGCACAAAUGGAAAAGAGAGCAAUCAUGGCAGAAACAAUGUUGGAGGCUACCUUGCAAUACCAGUCUAGCCAGCUUAAGGCGCAACAACCUUCAAUUUCUUCUCCAAGAACACCAACUGCAGAUAAUUCACUUGCACGGACAAAUCAAGACUCAACUCAAGACAUCCCAGCCAAAAAAAUAAGCUUGCUUUCUAGACCGUUUGCACUUGGCUGGCGUGACAGGAAUAAGGGCAAACCAAGCAACUCUGAGUCGUCCAAUGAUAGCAAACCUUCUGAUGAUGGGGAGCAGAACUUGCAGACACCCGAGAGAGAUAUGAACGGGCACCAAGAGCUGGAUAAAUAGAAAGUUUUGAUGGAGAGAGGAAAGCAAAAUCAGCCAUCGUGGUAUUGUCAUAUCUCAUGUUCAUUACUAUGUUGACCAUACUGUGAGGGUACAGGGAUGGUGGCUGCAAAUAUGCUACCCUUUUCUGUUGUAUCAAUCCCGUUUGUGAGAGAGAGAGAAGGAAAGGGGGGGGAGGCCUUCGUAGGUUUUGCAGUUUAUUUUAAUUUGUCAAAGAAUCAUCAUUUAAUUUCACAUUCAUUGUUUGAUUAAUCAUCAUAAUAAAGAGUAGAUAUAAGGAAAAAGUGGAAUAUGGAGACA